GGUGGAGCCAGAGCGUGUCUGUUCACGUCUAGUCUAGUCCUCCAACCCCGCACCCGCCGGUAGAAUUCCGGGAUUCGGCACCGUUCCAGGCUCGGACGGAAAGGCGAACGGCGUCAAGGUGGAGGAGGAAGUUAAACGGGAGGUGCAGCUUUGGGGUGCUUCUAUCUUCUUUGUGCUCUUCGGAAUUAUUAUAUUCAAUUCAAGUUGGGAGGAUCGCAUUCGCAUCGAGAUGGGAUUCUCCUCCUGCUUGAGCAUGAUGGGCUAUGUUUCUUAUGGAUUUGUACGCGAUAAUAAGUCUCUUCAUCUGAGAGAGCCCUCAUCAGUGGGAGGAGGACGACUCCGUUGGUGGCGAAAACGUGGAAGCAGUGGACCAAACUUGGUCGACUCCAGCAUGCCUUUUAUGCUCAAGUCUCCAGUAGGAAGAAGGCUUGUCGCGUCUGCCCUUGAACCUCAGGAGGAGUUCUCAGGAAGAACAAGCCCAAAUGAGGUGAGGAAGGAGAUACAAAGGUGCUAUGAACUUGUACACAAGCUUGGGAGGGGAGUAGUUUAUCUGGGUUCUUCCAGAGUAAAAUCAGACCAUUCACAUUACCAGCAAGCAGCAGAAUUGGCCAGAGAGAUUGCAAAUCUUUUAGACUGCACCACAUGGACAGGUGUUGGUCCUGGUCUCAUGGAUGCUGCCAUUAAAGGUGCUCUUGAAGCAAAGAAGCCAGUUGGUGGAUUCAAGAUAGCAAGGGAAUCAGGUGAAUGGACAACCUCAAACUUCCAUCCCUAUCUCCCUUUGGAAACAUACCUUACGUGCAGGUUCUUCUCAGCAAGGAAACAUGGGUUGGUGGAUGCUGCAGUGAGGAACAAUCCAUCUGACAGGACAGCUGUGGUUGCUUUCCCUGGUGGGAUUGGAACCUUAGAUGAGGUUUUCGAGAUUCUAGCAUUGAUUCAACUGGAGAGAAUUGGGUCUAAACUUCCUAUCCCUUUCCUGCUUAUAAAUUAUGAUUCUUUUUAUUCGAAGCUAUUAGAUUUCAUGGGUGAUUGCGAGAAAUGGGGAACUGUAGCUAGAGGAGAGGUUGCGUCAUUGUGGAAAGUUUGCAAUGGGAAUCUCGAAGCUUUGGAAUACUUGGCAGAGUUUUACAAUAUCCCUCAAAACAAAAUGGAUUAUGAUAUUAGAGUUGGUGCUGAGCUGUCGUGACCAAUUGAGCCUGAAAUCUCAGCUUUUUUUUCUCAAACAAAAGGGGUGUCAACCUGAUUGAGUUGACGCAAUAUCUGCUUGAUACUUGGGUGAGUGUUUAUUGGAUCGGCUGUUCUACUGCUGAAUAAUGGCUUGUAACACUGACACUGUGUUUAUACAAAAUCACAUCAUGAAGAAAGGGACAAUUAGAUCUCUAUUAUGGUCUGUAAGAUAUUAUCCUUUUUUCGUUGAAGAAGUAAUUCUAGCUCGGUCGUUCUACAGCAGAAAGAAGUGAACAGGCUGUGUUAGAUAUUAUUAUUUAGAGAAAAAAAAAAUCUUUCCUGGGGGCAUCGUUUUCA